GUUUCUGGAUGAAAUGUUAUGUGUGAUGAUCCUGCAGGAUCAUGGAGGAACAUCCUGUAUUCAGCAGUGGGAGAGAAGAACACAGCUGUUUAUCAGUGAUGAGUGACCAGUCCUUACCUGAGUCUCCUGGUUUCAGCACUGAAGGAGAGGAACCCAGUUUUCCAUCUGAAGACAACGAUCAGAUCAUUGUGGAUCAUCCAGGUUUCUGCAGUGAAGUUGUGGAACCCAGCUGUGUGUCUGAGAAGAGUGAUCAGGUCAUGAAGAUCUUUUCAGGUUUCAGCUGUGGAGCUAAACCAACCGAUAAUGGGCAGUGCUCCACGAAGAUAGAUAAACCGAUAAACACUGAGGUGGACGGAACUGAAGACCAUUUGCCAGAAUCCUACCAACCAGAAGAUGAUGUUCUGUACAGAAUAUUAGACAGACACAAAACCAGCUUGAAGGAAAAGUGUGAGGGCUUUUUUGAACGAUUAAAAACACAAAACGAUAAAACCCUUCUAAAUGUGACUUCUACACAACUCUACAUCAUAGAAGGCAGGAAUGGAGCGGUACAUGAAGAGCUUGAAGUUUUACAGAUGGGGAAUGCUUUCAGAAAACAUGAACAAGACACUCAAAUGAACUGUUCAGAUAUCUUUAAACAUGAGCAAGGUCUUAAAGCCGAAAUGAUCGAGGACGUCAAAGAUCAGAGAAAGAGAAGAUUGAGGCUGAAAGAGAAUAUGAAAGCUGUAUUUAAACUGAAAGAAAGGCACAAAGAAAGAAAAGAAGGUAAAGGACCAUCACUGCCAAAGCUCAAAACUGCACUGACGAAAGGCAUCGCUGGAAUUGGAAAAACUGUCUCUGUGCAGAAGUUCGUUCUGGACUGGGCUGAAGGAAAAGCCAAUCAUGAUGUAGAUUUCAUGUUUGUUCUCUCUUUCCGGGAGCUGAACCUGAUUAAAGAUAAUCAGUACAGUCUUCACAAACUUCUCUGUGCCUUCCACCCUGAACUCAAAGAUCUGGACCCGAAGAUCUACGUUGUUUUCAAAUCCGUGUUCAUACUUGAUGGUCUGGAUGAAAGCAGAAUUCCACUGAACUUUUCACAAUGUGAGAAAGUUUCUGACAUAACCACAACAUCAUCAUUGGGUGUGUUGAUUACAAGCCUCAUUAAAGGAGAGUUGCUUCCUUCUGCUCUACUCUGGAUUACAUCCCGACCAUCAGCAGCCAAUCAGAUCCCUCCUCAGUACAUCAAUCGCUUGACAGAAAUUCAGGGAUUCAGUGACCUACAGAAGGAGGAGUACUUCAGGAAGAGAAUCAGUGACCAAGACCAAGUCCAGAAAAUCAUCUUCCACAUUAAGACGGCGAGGAACCUCAAAAUCAUGUGCCACAUUCCCGUCUUCUGCUGGAUCUCAUCCACUGUGCUCCAGAGAAUCAUGGAACAAGACAGUGAUACAGAAAUCCCUAAAACUCUGACUGAAAUGUACUCCCACUUCCUGCUUACUCAGAUCAACAGGAAGAAGGAGACAAUUGAGGACAAAGAUGAGGAAGAUCCAGAGAAACCGGAACUGGAAAGCAACAGAACCAUGCUUCUGAAACUGGCUGAACUGGCUUUCAAACAACUGAUGAAGGGAAACGUGAUUUUUUAUGAAGAGGACCUAAGAGAGAGCAGCAUUGACCUUACUGAGGCCUCAGUGUAUUCUGGCAUGUUCUGGGAGAUAUUUAGAGAGGAGUGUGGUAUUCACCAGAGCAAGGUCUACAGCUUCAUUCAUCUGAGCUUUCAGGAGUUUCUGGCUGCAGUUUAUGUGUUUCACUGCUAUGAGAACAAGAACAUCGAUGUUCUGCAGCCUUUCCUUGAUGCUAAUUGCCAUAUAUACGAGGUACCCGACAGUGAGGGUUAUGAAAAUUAUCAGCAAAGAGAUCAUUUAGGGAUCGUCUCAUUGGAUGGGCUACUGAAGAGAGCAGUGGAUAAAGCUGUAGCGAGUCCAAAUGGACAUCUGGAUCUUUUCCUCCGUUUCCUGCUGGGAAUCUCACUGGAGUCAAAUCAGAUUCUUCUAAAGGAUCUCCUGACCCUCAUACACAGCAGCUCAGAAGAAACCACAGAGUACAUCAAGAAACUCAUCAAAGGAGAUGCUAAUCAUUCUCUCUCCACUGAGAAAUCCAUCUGUCUUUUUCUCUGUCUGUCUGAAAUGAAGGACGAGUCUCUCGCCAGAAAGAUUCAGGAGUGUAUAAGAUCAGAGGGACACUCAGAAGAAAAGCUCUCCGCUGGACAGUGUUCUGCACUAGCCUUUGAGAUCCUGAUCUCAGAUGAGGUUCUGGAUGAGCUAGAUCUGAAGAAGUACAACACAUCAGUGGAGAAUUACAGGAGACUGAUCCCAGCUGUGACCGUCUGCAGAAAAGCCCUACUAGGUAGCUGUGGUCUCACUGAAGACUCCUUGAAAGUUCUCUGCUCUGCCCUACAAAAUGCAAACUCCUCCCUGAAAGAGCUGGACCUCAGUAACAGUGAUCUACAGGAUUCAGGAGUGGAGCUGAUCUCCACUGAACUAAAGAAUUCACACUGUAAACUGGAGACUCUCAGACUUGCUCAUUGUAAACUUGGGGGGAAAGCUUGUGAAAAUCUGGGAUCAGCUCUUCAGUCAGUAAACUCUCCACUGAAAGAUCUGGAUCUCAGUAAUAAUGACCUGCAGGAUUCAGGAGUGGAGCUGCUCUCUGCUGGACUGAAGAGUUCACACUGUAAACUGCAGACACUCAGACUAGCUCUCUGUAAUCUUGGUGGGAAAGCUUGUAAACAUCUGGGAUCAGCUCUUCAAUCAGUAACAUCAUCUCUGAAGAUGCUGGACCUCAGCAACAAUGACCUGAAGGACCCAGGAGUGGAGCUGCUCUCUACUGGACUGAAGAGUUCACACUGUAAACUAGAGACACUCAGAUUGUGUUUCUGUAAUCUUGGGGACAAAGCUUGCGAAAUUCUGGCAUUAACUAUACAGUCAGUAAACUGUACCUUGAAAGAUUUGGACCUCAGUAACAAUGACCUGCAGGAUUCAGGAGUGGAGCUGAUCUCUGCUGGACUAAGGAGUUCACUUUUUACACUGGAGAUACUCAGAUUGUCUGGUUGUAUGGCCACAUAUGAAGGAUGUUCUUCUCUGGCUUCAGCUCUGAAAUCAAACUCUUCCUACCUGAGAGAACUGGACCUGACCUACAAUCACCCAGGAGAGUCUGGAGUGAAGCUUCUGUCUGAGCUACUGGAGGAUCCUCAAUGUAAACUGGAGAAACUACAUGUGGAGCACAGUGGAAGGAUGAGAAUAAUACAUGGAUUGAAGAAAUAUUCCUGUAGACUCACUCUUGACCCGAACACAGCACACCCUCGCCUCUCUCUGUCUGAGGAGAAUCGUAAAGUGCAUCGUGUGGAAGAGCAGAUCUGGUAUCUGGAUAAUUCUGAGAGGUUUAAACACUGGGAGCAGGUUCUGAGUGUGGAGAGCCUGACUGGACGCUGUUACUGGGAGGUGGAGUGGAGCGAGGGUGGAGUGUACGUAGCCGUGUCCUACAGAGGGAUUAGCAGGGAUGGAGACAGUGGGAUCAGUGGGUUUGGACUCAAUAAUCAGUCCUGGAGUCUUUACUGCUCUGAUAAGAAGUUCACCUUCAGACACAGCGGAAAGGAAAGCGUUGCACUGCCGUUACGGUCUCGCUCUCGCUGCCGUAGAGUAGGAGUGUAUCUGGACUGGCCUGCUGGAACUCUGUCCUUCUACAGCAUCUCACCCAACACACACACCCUGACCCACCUACACACACUCUACACCACCUUCAGCGAGCCUCUCCAUGCUGGAUUUAGAGUCGAUUAUGGAUCUUCAGUCUGGAUCUGUGACAUUGAAUAGACCAACGUUAAAAAUAAGAGAGCACUUAAAAAUGAUGAGUUUCUUCUGCAAUAUAAUCAAGAGAAAGAUGGAUGAUCACAAGCCAUUAAACCAAACUGAACUGCUUGAAUUUUUGCGCCAGGAGUAAAGCAGCAUAAAGUUAUCCAAAAGCAGUGUGUAAGACUGGUGGAGGAGAACAUGAUGCCAAGAUGCAUAAAGAAAAACUGUGAUUAAAAACCAGGAUUAUUCCACCAAAUAUUGAUUUCUAACUCCUAAAACAUAAUUAAUAUAAAUAAUGAAUAUUGGAUGCAAGAAAUAAAAGUAUGUGAAGUUUAAAUGGAUUGCGAAAAGCAUUUAGUUUUUUUUUUUACAAUUUACAAUGAAAUUAAUUUAGGAUCAGACCCAGACUGGACUCCACCUAUUGAGUGCCCUACGGAAAUGCCUCUGUGCAGAGUUUUUGGGCUAGGCUUAUAACUGAUCAGUUAAAAGUUUAGGCCCUGGUGCAUGUUUGAAUGCAAUUACAUCUGAAAAUGUGUUUUAAACUGGACUCCACAAUCCAUUUACAGCCUCAGGGAAUCCUUAAAAAGGUCCUUCAAGAUCCUGAGAAAACUAUUCCAGGUAACUUAACCUCAUGAAGACACUGAGAUUAAAAUACCAACAGUCUGUAGAUCUGAACUCAAGAAUAAUUUGAUACUUCCUUAGAAUAAUCUAAAAUAUAAAACAUAUUCUGGUUUAUUAUUACAAAUAAUUAUACAUGUGUUCCUGUAUAGCUUUAAUAUAGACUUUAAUAUUAAAUUUACAAUGUAAAUUGUUUUGGAGCCAUGUGUAUAAUAAACAAUAAUGCUAAUGAUAAGUAUUAAUAUUGUUGUUAUUAUUAAAGUGGUGGUAAUAAUUAAACAGCUUCCUUACUAAAAUAUCACUUCCAACUAAUAACCGUAUUUCAACCUUUUUGGAAGAAUCCAGCUGUUUCUUUCUUUCUUCUUUGUCUUUUUUAUAUAUUUUUUAUAUUUACCAUGAAAGACAAAAACAGAUGUUUUCAAAACCCACAGUGGUAGUAACAGGGCACUGAAUUGGGCACUCCAGAUGUUCACAACUCAAAUAAAACAAGUCUGCAGGAUUGGAAACCUAUUAUUAUAUUUCAUCCACAUUCCCAGCAUUUUAUAAACAGGUCAGCAAACAAAAUCCCAGCAGUAACAGAUUUGGUCAAACAUGUAGAGCUUCAGACACAAAUCAUCGUCCCGAUCUCACCACCUUCAUUGGUCCAGGAACUGCACAAUUCUAAGCCCGUAAAAACCAUAGAGAACAUUCAGAAAACACACGGUAAGGAAUGAUGGUAGAUGGAGACAUUUCAAGCGAAUUCAAGCACAAACAAAACGAAACAAAAUAAAAAAUACAUGGAUAAGACAUGUAGACAGGGAUAGUUUAGUAACUAUAAAUAUAAAAGAGCUUCUAAACAGGAGAACAGAAAGUGAUCUGGACAGUGGUUUAUGUCAGUUUCAGAAUCACAACAGUGAAACAUUUUUGAAAAAAAAAAAGGCGGCGUGUUCAGAACAGACUAAAGCCCUAUCUGACGGGAUCAUUUUCGCUUUUAUGUUUUUUUUUUUUUUUUUAUCCU